AUGAACACGGAGGCGGUGACGUUCCAGGACGUGGCUGUGGUCUUCACGGAGGAGGAGCUGGCGCUGCUGGACCCGUCCCAGAGGAAGCUGUACCGAGACGUGAUGCUGGAGAACUUCCGGAACCUGGUCUCAGUGGUUAGUUCCCCCCAGCUGGUUACACCCAAGACAGUGGAAGGCAGAAGCCACAAUGUCUUUUAUGACCUAACCUUGGAAGUGAUGUACUCUCACUUCUGCCAUAUUCUAUUGAAACCUUACAAAUGUGGGGUGUGUGGAAAGAGCUUCAGUCAGAGUUCACAUCUUCAAGCCCAUCAGCGAAUCCACACUGGAGAGAAACCCUACCAAUGUGCUGUGUGUGGUAAGAGCUUCAGUCGGAGUUCACAUCUUCAAGGCCAUCAGCGAUUCCACACAGGAGAGAAGCCGUACAGUUGUGCUGUGUGUGGUAAGAGCUUCAGUCGGAGUUCACAUCUUCAAGGCCAUCAGCGAUUCCACACAGGAGAGAAGCCGUACAGUUGUGCUGUGUGUGGUAAGAGCUUCAGUCAGACCUCAAGUCUUCAAUACCAUCAACGUGUCCACACUGGCGAGAAACCCUACAAAUGUGAACAGUGUGGUAAAGGCUUCAUGGUGACCUCAAGUCUUCAUGUUCAUCAGAGGAUCCACACAGGAGAGAAACCCUACAAAUGUAGCGUGUGUGGGAAGAGCUUCAGUCAGACCUCAAGUCUCCAGACUCAUCAGCGAGUCCACACAGGAGAGAAACCCUACAAAUGUGCUGUGUGUGGAAAGGGCUUUAGACUGAGUUCACAGCUUCAUGCCCAUCAGCGAAUCCACACUGUAGAGAAGCCAUACAAAUGUGAGGUAUGUGGUACGGGCUUUACUCAUAGUUCACAUCUUCAAGAACAUCAACAAGUCCACACUGGAGACAAACCCUACAGAUGUUCUGUGUGUAGUAAGAGUUUUAGUCAGACCUCAAGUCUUCAAGCCCAUCAGCGAAUCCACACGGGAGAGAAACCCUACAAAUGCACUGUGUGUGGUAAGAGCUUUAGUCAGAAAUCACAUUUGCAAGUUCAUCAGCGAGUCCACACUGGAGAGAAACCCUACAAAUGUACUGUGUGUGGGAAAGGCUUCAUGUGGAGCUCAUAUCUUCAUGUUCAUGAGAGGGUCCACACAGAAGAGAAACCUUACAAAUGUGGGGUGUGUGGAAAGAGCUUCAGUCAGAGUUCACAUCUUCAAGCCCAUCAGCGAAUCCACACUGGAGAGAAACCCUACCAAUGUGCUGUGUGUGGUAAGAGCUUCAGUCGGAGUUCACAUCUUCAAGGCCAUCAGCGAUUCCACACAGGAGAGAAGCCGUACAGUUGUGCUGUGUGUGGUAAGAGCUUCAGUCGGAGUUCACAUCUUCAAGGCCAUCAGCGAUUCCACACAGGAGAGAAGCCGUACAGUUGUGCUGUGUGUGGUAAGAGCUUCAGUCAGACCUCAAGUCUUCAAUACCAUCAACGUGUCCACACUGGCGAGAAACCCUACAAAUGUGAACAGUGUGGUAAAGGCUUCAUGGUGACCUCAAGUCUUCAUGUUCAUCAGAGGAUCCACACAGGAGAGAAACCCUACAAAUGUAGCGUGUGUGGGAAGAGCUUCAGUCAGACCUCAAGUCUCCAGACUCAUCAGCGAGUCCACACAGGAGAGAAACCCUACAAAUGUGCUGUGUGUGGAAAGGGCUUUAGACUGAGUUCACAGCUUCAUGCCCAUCAGCGAAUCCACACUGUAGAGAAGCCAUACAAAUGUGAGGUAUGUGGUACGGGCUUUACUCAUAGUUCACAUCUUCAAGAACAUCAACAAGUCCACACUGGAGACAAACCCUACAGAUGUUCUGUGUGUAGUAAGAGUUUUAGUCAGACCUCAAGUCUUCAAGCCCAUCAGCGAAUCCACACUGGAGAGAAACCCUACCAAUGUGCUGUGUGUGGUAAGAGCUUCAGUCGGAGUUCACAUCUUCAAGGCCAUCAGCGAUUCCACACAGGAGAGAAGCCGUACAGUUGUGCUGUGUGUGGUAAGAGCUUCAGUCGGAGUUCACAUCUUCAAGGCCAUCAGCGAUUCCACACAGGAGAGAAGCCGUACAGUUGUGCUGUGUGUGGUAAGAGCUUCAGUCAGACCUCAAGUCUUCAAUACCAUCAACGUGUCCACACUGGCGAGAAACCCUACAAAUGUGAACAGUGUGGUAAAGGCUUCAUGGUGACCUCAAGUCUUCAUGUUCAUCAGAGGAUCCACACAGGAGAGAAACCCUACAAAUGUAGCGUGUGUGGGAAGAGCUUCAGUCAGACCUCAAGUCUCCAGACUCAUCAGCGAGUCCACACAGGAGAGAAACCCUACAAAUGUGCUGUGUGUGGAAAGGGCUUUAGACUGAGUUCACAGCUUCAUGCCCAUCAGCGAAUCCACACUGUAGAGAAGCCAUACAAAUGUGAGGUAUGUGGUACGGGCUUUACUCAUAGUUCACAUCUUCAAGAACAUCAACAAGUCCACACUGGAGACAAACCCUACAGAUGUUCUGUGUGUAGUAAGAGUUUUAGUCAGACCUCAAGUCUUCAAGCCCAUCAGCGAAUCCACACGGGAGAGAAACCCUACAAAUGCACUGUGUGUGGUAAGAGCUUUAGUCAGAAAUCACAUUUGCAAGUUCAUCAGCGAGUCCACACUGGAGAGAAACCCUACAAAUGUACUGUGUGUGGGAAAGGCUUCAUGUGGAGCUCAUAUCUUCAUGUUCAUGAGAGGGUCCACACAGAAGAGAAACCUUACAAAUGUGGGGUGUGUGGAAAGAGCUUCAGUCAGAGUUCACAUCUUCAAGCCCAUCAGCGAAUCCACACUGGAGAGAAACCCUACCAAUGUGCUGUGUGUGGUAAGAGCUUCAGUCGGAGUUCACAUCUUCAAGGCCAUCAGCGAUUCCACACAGGAGAGAAGCCGUACAGUUGUGCUGUGUGUGGUAAGAGCUUCAGUCAGACCUCAAGUCUUCAAUACCAUCAACGUGUCCACACUGGCGAGAAACCCUACAAAUGUGAACAGUGUGGUAAAGGCUUCAUGGUGACCUCAAGUCUUCAUGUUCAUCAGAGGAUCCACACAGGAGAGAAACCCUACAAAUGUAGCGUGUGUGGGAAGAGCUUCAGUCAGACCUCAAGUCUCCAGACUCAUCAGCGAGUCCACACAGGAGAGAAACCCUACAAAUGUGCUGUGUGUGUAAAGAGCUUCAGUCGGAGUUCAUAUCUUCAGUCCCAUCAGCGAGUCCACACUGGAGAGAAACACUACAAAUGUACUGUGUGUGGUAAGAGCUUCAACCAUACCUCAAGUCUUCAAGACCAUCAGCGAAUCCACACUGUUGAGAAACCCUACAAAUGUUAAGAGUGUGGGAGAAGCUUCAUGUAGAGUCUGUAUCUUCAGGUUCGUCAGAGGAUCCACACAGGAGAGAAUCCCUAUAAAUGUCACCUGUGAGGCAAGACCUUCAGUCUCACUAAGUCUCAUCUUCAAGCUCAUAAAAAUGUGAGACAUGCCAUAAGGGCUUUAAUCACAGUUCACGUCUUCAAGAACAUCAAUGAGU